CUCCAUUUGUCUUGCCACAGACAUACCCAACUGUCGCCAUAUACCAUAUAUAUGUAAUCCUUUCCAAUUUUCAACACCCAAAAUUCUAAGCAUCCGAAUAUUCCAAAACAAACAGAGGCUGCCAACUAGGGAACUACUCCACUAUUCUACGUAAUUGUCCGCAAAAGAUAUCCCAAAACCUGCGGGACAAUAACUUAGCAGGGCGGAAAAAAAUGAAGGCCGAGACUUUGACUCUGGUCCUGGUGAACCUGGCAGGGAUCAUGGAGAGGGCGGAUGAGUCAUUGUUACCAGGCGUUUACAAGGAAGUUGGUGCUGCCCUUCACACCGACCCCACUGGACUCGGCUCUCUCACCUUGUUCAGAUCUAUCGUUCAAUCCGCUUGUUAUCCAAUUGCUGCAUACCUGGCUGUGAGUCACAAUCGAGCCCAUGUAAUAGCUCUUGGUGCGUUUUUAUGGGCUGCUGCCACUUUCCUUGUUGCCUUCUCCUCCAGUUUCUUUCAGGUGGCCAUAUCUAGAGCUUUAAACGGAAUUGGCCUUGCCAUUGUUGGACCUGCAAUCCAGUCCCUUGUUGCUGACUCAACAGAUGACAGUAACCGUGGUAUGGCUUUUGGGUGGUUACAACUCACAAGCAAUCUCGGUUCUGUUAUUGGAGGAUUCAUUGCAGUACUAAUAGCUCCAAUAACAUUCAUCGGUAUCCCUGGUUGGAGAAUUGCCUUCCAUCUGGUAGGACUAAUCAGCAUUAUUGUUGGUACGUUAGUCUACCUCUUUGCCAAUGAUCCACAUUUUUCAGAUAGUGGGGCAAAAUCUAGCAAUCAAAUGUCAAAUAGAGCCUUAUGGUCUGAAGUGAAGGGCUUGGUUCUGGAAGCAAAAUCAGUCGUAAAGAUCCCAUCAUUUCAAAUUAUCGUUGCUCAGGGUGUUACUGGUUCAUUCCCCUGGUCUGCAUUGUCAUUUGCACCGAUGUGGUUGGAGUUAAUUGGGUUCUCCCACAAGAAAACUGCAUUCCUGAUAGCCAUGUUUGUGAUUGCUACUUCUGUGGGGGGCCUUUUUGGUGGUAAGAUGGGGGAUUUCCUGUCCACACGUCUCCCGAAUUCCGGAAGGAUCAUUCUAGCCCAAAUAAGCUCGGCAUCGGCCAUCCCUUUAGCAGCAAUACUCUUGCUUGUUUUACCUGAUGAUCCAUCCACAGGUGUGAUGCAUGGUUUGGUCUUAAUCAUUGUCGGCUUCUGCAUUUCCUGGAAUGCUCCAGCUGCAAACAAUCCAAUAUUUGCAGAAAUAGUUCCAGAGAAAUCUAGAACAAGCGUCUAUGCUUUGGACAGAUCUUUUGAAUCCAUCUUGUCAUCGUUCGCCCCUCCUGCAGUUGGAAUUCUAGCUCAGCACUUUUACGGUUACAAACCUAUUCGGAAAGGAGCAAGUGAAUCUGAAGAGAUUGCAACAGAUAGAGAAAACGCUUUGUCGUUGGCAAAAGCACUGUACACAGCAAUAGGAAUUCCGAUGGCACUCUGUUGUUUCAUCUAUUCAUUUCUCUACUUCACCUACCCGAAGGAUAGAGAGCGAGCUCAAAUGGAAGCACUCAUAGAAUCCGAGAUGCGAGAGCUAUUGUCAGAUACUAUGCCUGAAGGUGGAGAUCAUUCUCAAUCUCAACCAUUUGAAUUGGAAGAACCAUAUAUUAAAGACAGAACCAUUAUUGAAGUGGAUUAUGAAGAUGAGGUUGACCUUGAUCCCGACGAAAAUGAUGAGAAGCCUAUACUUUACGCCAGUAGACACUCUCUUUGAUGUAUAGCGAGGAAUGUUACAGCAAUGACGAGGCAUCGCUUUCAUCCUGUUGACAUUUUGAUCAAGCUGAAGUCAAUUUUAGUGUGCUGCAACGAUCCUUUGCAUAAUUGAGUUCUUACCUGCUCUGGUCCUCUUCAGCGAUACGUACUAUAAAAGGAAACAUACCUAAGUUUGAUAAGUUCAAAGGUAAUACACACUGAAAAAGCUGCAUAUCAAACAACAUUUGAGUAGUCAAAUUUGAUCACAUUCGGUCAAGGAUUAUUGUAAAUGCCUAUAAAUUUUUGCAUUCAUUUUUCCUGUUCAUGUACAUUUCGGCCACUUAGGCAAACGGUUUCAAAAUCACUAAAAAGGACGGGCUAUAGAAUGUGAAAGCUCAAGCAACAAAGUGCAGGGUCCUAUACAGCAGCAGCAUCUCAGGGAUUCUUACAUAAAUCCAUCCAUUUUUGAAAGCUCUGCAAUCCGUGCUUAUGUUGUUAUGGAACUGAUAUUAUUUCUGGUCUCUGAAGUAUUCUUACUAGAGGCUUCUCUAAGAGAAUUAUCUUUUACUUGGAAAUAAACCAGUAAACCAGUGUUACCACUUCCAGUUCC